AACGAGAAGAAGAAGCAAAAAGAGAGAAAGCACGCCUUGAUGCUGAAAGAAGGAGACAAGAAGAGCUUGAGCGUGAGAUGCAAAGGCAAAGAGAAGUGGAAGCGCAACGAGAACAGGAAAGAAAGCGCCAAGAGGAAAUGAGGGAGCAGGCUCGAAAAGAUGCAGAACUACAAAGACAACAAGAAUGGGAAAAACAGCGGCUCCAAGAGUUAAUGAAUGUUCGCCAGAGACAACAAGAAAAUCUGCUUUCCCUAAAGGCUAAAAACCAGAGUCUCACCAUUGAGCUGUCAACAAAGGAGGACAGGGUAAAGAACUGAAAAGAAAAAAAGGAAAAAAGGGGAGGUGGACAGGGUUAAGCAAAAAAUUGACACAAUGAGGUCAACACGAGAUACGUACAUGGCAGACAUGAACCAGCUCAAGGCUUCAGCACGAGAUCAGAACCAAAGGUUACUGGCUCUUAACCAAGAGAAGGCCCGCUUGAAGGCUCGAAACUCUGCUGCUGCUGGCGCCAGUGGGAUCGAACAAGCUGCUGUUGAUGCAUCAUUAGCCAAUAAGCAAAUGGUUAUAAAACAGCUGCAGGAGAAGGUAGAAGAAUUACAGAAAGAGUUUUCUAUGAAGGAAGAGGAUGUAAACAAUAAUAUCAGUGACCUCACUGCUAUGAAGAAUGACUUGCAAGCAACAGCUGAGAGGUGCAGGGAAAUCUUCACUGAAUACUCAUCAAAACGAGAGCAGGUGUUAGGUCUCCGAGAGAAGCUUGUAAAUCCAGAUGCUGCCUGGGGCGACGAUGCCAGCUCAGCUUGGGCAGGUAAAGGGUUUGGCAGUGGUGGGACUAGUGCUUGGAAUGCAUGGCCCACCACUGAGCCCAAAGAUGCAUGGCCCAGUAGCAGAGCUGAUGAUAGUGGCCCCACCAGUAUUCCACAGCCUGAGCAGGAGCAACACAAACCACAGGAGCCGACAGAGCAUCAUCUUCCUCCAGCACGACCCCCGCCCCCCUCCACUACCACCACCAACAUGCCCUCCAUGGCCACUACUGGCACUGUUCAUGAGGAGGAGGCACAACCCCCAGCCCCCCAGGAUUUCCCAGCUACUCAGAAGGAUAUCUGGGGCUCCAACACUACCAGUGCAGUGGGCUGGGGGGUCCACACUUCCACACCCCACUCCUCCUCCACUACCACCCCAACCACCACCACUUCCACUAUACACCCAGAGCCAGCUGCUACGACAGCAGUGGAGCCGAGUGCUGGUGGAGCGCUUCGCUACAGGGCUCUCUACCAGUUCGAUGCUAGAAAUCACGAUGAAUUAUCCUUUAUGCCAGGAGAUAUUAUCACUGUGACAGUGAGUGAAAAUGCCGAACCAGGCUGGCUAGGAGGCGAGUUACGUGGACAGACUGGCUGGUUCCCUGAGGCUUAUUGUGAACCUAUGGAAGAAAAGGCUGAGCCAGUGGUUUCUAGCGAGACUCAAGAUCGCACGCAGUUAGAGAAUAUACCUGAGGAAAUAGUGUCAGUACCUGCAGAACAAAAGAAAUUAGGUGAAGCCUUAGGUGUGUUCCCAUGGAGAGCAAAGCAGAACAAUCAUCUUUCCUUCAAUAAGGGUGACCGCAUCGUUGUCAGAGAGCAACAGGAUCAAUGGUGGUAUGGUGAGCUAAAUGGUACUGGAGGUUGGUUCCCUCGCUCCUUUGUAAAAAUGGUUUCGGGACCAGAGGCGACAACAUCCCCAGUCAGCAGUCCACAAGAGGCCCCAGCAGAGCCCCCAAUGCCAGAAAAUUUGGUUAAUGAUGAAAUAUCUGAGUACUACCAAGCUCUUUAUCCAUAUCAGUCUGGAGAACCUGGUGAUCUCACCUUCAUUGCUGGUGAAAUUAUUUUGGUUGUCAAAAAAGAAGGAGAUUGGUGGCAUGGUAUCAUAAAUCAGAAAUGUGGUAUCUUCCCAUCAAAUUAUGUGCAGAUUCUUCCAAAUCAGUUUAUUACCACAAGAACUGGAGACACUGUUGCCGAACAGAAUGGUGUGAUGGGCGCCCAGAUUCAACAAGAUGUUGAAGCAGAAAUGAAUCCUGUAGCUGAGCAACAGGUAGUCACUGAAGAGAACAAGGAGCAGAAAAAAACACCUGCAGAGCCAGCAACGGUUCAGACACCUGACUCUGCUAAUCUCAAAGUCAAUCAGGACGACGAACAAGAAAAUAAGGAGGUGAUGGAACUUUCUAAAUCGCCAAAGUCACCAAAGGCUGGGAAAGGAAAGAAGCCGGAGAUAGCACAAGUCAUUGCUCCGUAUGACGCCACUAGCGGUAACCAGCUGAGCCUGCAGCGUGGGCAGCUGGUCAUGAUCCGUAAGAAGACCGCAUCCGGAUGGUGGGAAGGAGAACUGCAGGCAAAGGGCAAGAAACGACAGAUUGGUUGGUUCCCAGCGACAUACGUAAAGGUACUUGGUGGGUCAUCACGUUCCACGCCUGUUUCAAUGGAGCUGACCAAUCGUGAAGAUGCCCCACCAGACAGCGUUCAGUCUCCCCAGUCAGCUCAACCCCAGGUCACUCAGGUCACGAUAACACCCCCAGCAGAUGAUCCAAUGGCAGGCCUCACUGAUGCUUCCAAUGGAUUUGCAGAACAAGUUGAAGCACUAUAUCCCUACACUGCAAUGAACGAUGAUGAACUCACCUUCGAAGCAGGUGCCAUUAUUUCAGUGAUUGACAAGGAAGAUGCAGCUUGGUGGAAGGGAACACUGAAUGGAGUCAUUGGUGUCUUCCCCUCCAAUUAUAUUCAGCCUUAUUCGCCAAACACUGCUGCAGCGAGUGGGACACCUGAAGGAGAAUUCUCUCUCUGUUAUGGGGAGAAACAAAAUUACGGCUCAGGAGACAGGCACACCUGGCAUUUCAACCCCUCGUCUCCAAUUGAACAAAAACGACAAAAUGUUAUUCAAGAAAUAAUAAACACAGAGGCAUCGUAUCUCUCUGAACUUCAGUUAGUGGAGCAGGCUUUUGUACAGCCGAUGCGCACAUCCGGCAUUGUAACCGAGAAGGAGCUUGAUCUCAUCUUUGUCAACUGGAGUGAGCUGAUCCUUGUGAAUUCGUACUUUGAUAAGGCUCUGAAAGUUAGAUGUGUGAACAGUCAAGGAAGUUUCAUCACUAUGAUUGCAGAUGUUUUGUGCCAACAGAUUGCACAAUUAACUCCAUACCUAAGGUUUUGCAGUUUACAAAUCCAAGGAGCAACUUUAUUAGGAGAGAAAUGCAGUGCUGGAGGGCCAUGGGCAAAUCUCAUUAAGCAAUGCCAAGAACAACCAGCUGUCAGAGGCUUGACUCUUACGUCAUUCUUGCUGAAACCCAUGCAGAGGAUAACCAGAUAUCCACUACUUAUAAAAGAAUUACUGAAAUAUACACCUGAGGGUCAUCCUGAUCAUCACAAUUCUCAAGAAGCUCUUCUGGCAGCAACUACCCUCUGUGCACAGGUUAAUGAAGCAGUUAGCCAGAGAGACAAUACAGAUAAGUUAGAAUGGAUGCAAAGACAAGUUAUAUGUGAAGGAUUACAAGAAAGGCUGGUUUUUAAUUCCCUUACAAAUACAUUAGGUCCACGUAAACUUCUUCACACAGGUGUAUUACAUAAGACCAAAAGUAAAAAAGAGCUGGUGGUAUUUCUCUUGAGUGAUUUCUUAUUGCUGACAACACCAAGCAAAUCUGUGGCUUCUCACACAUCCUUGGCUGCCUUGGAGAGAGCUCUCACAGCGGUGUCUUGUACCAUGUACCGGAAGCCAAUGUUUUUGACUGACGUUAGAAUCGAAGUUGACAAAGAGUCCGAGCUCUGCUUCACACUGACGAGUCCUACCUGUGGGGACGUUGCUGUUUCCGCUCCGACUCCCCAUGAGAGAGGCAACUGGUUGAAGAAAAUUGCAAUAGCUCAGAAACACAUCUCGGAUACAGAAAGAUCUAUUCUUCAGAGAAAACACUCAAAAGAGAAAGACUUGAACAUAAUGGGCCGUGUGCUAGUUACAGUCAUGGCUGGAGUCUCUUUGUGUGAGAGACAGAGUGAGGGCACACUUCAGUCUUUCUGUGAAGUAAGUUUAGGAUCCCAGGUUCAUCGAACAAGCAUUGCUGCCUCUCCUCAUCCAAAGUGGGAUUCCACCAUGCAGUUCUUGGUCAAGGCUCUUGCUGAGGAUGUCCUCUGCAUUACUGUCUACGAGAAAGGCUACUUCAAGCCAAAUGAGUUCCUGGGAAGAACAGAGAUCAAGAUAAACCAAGUGCAUGAGGAGUCAAAGAACCAGCCAGGAACACAGCCACAGGUCCAUAAGUUACAGCUUCAGGAAGUUAAAUCUGGAGAAGUUAUCCUGAAAAUUUCACUUCAACUUUUUGAGCGUUCUUAAGUUUUGCACGAUUCAAAAGAGUUAUAUUUUAUCCAUUGUGUUGUUCCAAAAAAUGUUAUAUUUUGUUAGAGCUAAGCAAUAAAAAAAAUUUGACCUGUUAAUUGGGUAGAUUAUGCAAGUAUAAUUAUCAAUUUCUUUUUAACUACACAGUAGAUAUUGUAACAAGUGUUCUUUUUCUAUACUGUCAAUAUUUACCCUUAUAAGACUAGUUUUCUUAUCAGAAUCAAUAAUUUGGGUAUAUGGCAGUUCCACUGGAGUACUCUGAGGCACAUUGGCAAGAAGUUGGGUAAUGUCUUGGAUAGAUUUUAUAUAAAAUAAAAAACACCGAAAAAAAAAGACUGUAUAAUGACUCUUGUAUAAAGAUUUUAGUAUAAA